UAGCUAAGUGAGCGAGUGCGCGGAGCGGAGAAGCGCCUGGCAGACCGGAGCUCAGCGCGAGGCAGCCAAACCCCUGUCUGUCAUUAGCUGAGAGAGAGAGAGAGAGAGAGAGAGAGAGAGAGAGAGAGAGAGAGAGGAGGAGUGAACGGUCCCGGUUCUAACAGUCACUCCGGCCUGAGGAGAGAAGAAGAAGGGACCACCGGACCCCGAGAGAGAGAGAGUGAGCGAGUGAGAGAGUGAGAGAGAGAGAGAGAGAGAGAGAGAGAGAGAGAGAGGGUGGGAGACUGACAGGCGUUACAGAAAGUAGAUGAACCGAAGCGUCGACAUGAGCGGCCAGUUUGAGGAAGAUAUCCACGACCGGGCCGAGAGGAAGAGCAGUAAAUCCCCGACGCUGCUCUCCUCUUACUGCAUAGACAGCAUUCUGGGCCGCAGGAGUCCUUGUAAGGUCAGACUGAUAGGGGCGCAAAGUUUGACUGGUCUGCACGGCAGAGGGGAGCUCGACAAGACGGCUGACAGGCCAACGAAAGACCCCCUUUCUCUCAGCACUGACAUGCACCUGCCACCCAAGCUCCGCCGGCUGUACGGAGCCGGAGGGAAGUACCUCCACGACCACGCAGAGACGCUGGACAGGGAGCGGCUCCUUCUGGAGCAAGCCAGCGACAGCCUCAAAAUCAGCCAGGCGCCGCCGGUGAGCAUCAGUCGCAGCAAGUCCUACCGGGAGAACGCGUCGCUAAGCCGGGGAGAGGGCGGCCAGAGCCCCGGGGAGGGCUCGGAUGACGGCAGCCUGGGACUGGUCGAGCUCGACCCGUUGAAAUUCGAGGAGGACGCAGGGAAGGAGGAGGAGGGCUGCGGGGACGCUGCCGCUCUGUCCCCGAAGGACGAGGAGAGAGAGAGCUUGAACGCCGGGGAUGGGGACGUGAGGGACGGGGAGGACAGCGUGUGUCUGUCGGCGGGCAGUGACUCGGAGGAAGGGAUGCUGAAACGGAAGCAGAGAAGAUACAGGACUACCUUCACCAGUUACCAGCUGGAGGAGCUGGAGAGGGCUUUCCAGAAGACACACUACCCAGACGUCUUCACCAGAGAAGAGCUGGCAAUGCGUCUGGAUCUUACCGAGGCCCGUGUUCAAGUGUGGUUUCAGAACCGCAGGGCCAAGUGGAGGAAGCGCGAGAAGGCCGGGGUGCAGGCCCACCCGUCAGGCCUGCCGUUCCCCGGCCCCCUGGCAGCGGGCCACCCUCUCAGUCACUACCUAGAGGGAGGGCACUUCCCUCCUCACCACCAUCCUGCCCUUGAGUCCGCCUGGACAGCAGCUGCAGCUGCAGCCGCUGCCUUCCCGGGCCUGGCCCCACCACCCCACAACGGCGCUGCUCCACCGUUGGCCACCCCACUCGGCCUGGGCACUUUCCUGGGCACGGCUGCCAUGUUUCGCCACCCUGCCUUCAUUGGACCCACUUUUGGCAGACUCUUCUCCAGUAUGGGUCCCCUGUCCAGUGCUUCCACCGCUGCAGCUCUCCUCCGUCAGCCCGCCCCUCCUGUAGAGAACCCCUCCCACGCGGGCCCCAUCCUCCCUGACCCUUCCUCCUCUUCCUCCGCCCCUUCUUCCGCAGCCGCAGCAGACCGCAGGGCCUCCAGCAUCGCCGCGCUGCGCCUCAAGGCCAAGGAACACUCGGCUCAGCUUACCCAGCUUAACAUCCUGCCCAACGGAGCCGCAGGGAAGGAGGUGUGCUGAACACUCAACACCAGCUCUAGGCCUCCCUGUCCCGGGCUUACUUCCCAUUCCAUGACACCCCCGUCCCCCCUCCAAAAACCCAUUAAUACCUCUGGAGGCUGAUGUCCUGAUGUCCCCUUGUUCAACCAUCGCUGUUACAUCAUGUUUCCCCAACAAAAUAGCACGACCAAAUUCAAAAGAGCACUGGCUGCAAAAAAAAAAAAAAAAAAAGUGUGUGUGUGUGUGUCUGGGAAUUACAGCUAUUGUAACAUUGUUUUACACUCCAUACACACACCUUUCUGAAUGACAGUCCGGUAACUUCAACACUAUCCAAGUUUUUCACUAUAAUGCAAUAUUUUACGACACAGCAUGUAGCUUUUAAAGACGCUGUGUUAUGUGCAAACACAACAAAAUACACAGUGCCAGUGGAUGAAUGUAACAAAGUACAAUUAUUAAAAGUACUGUAUUUAAGUACAAGUUUGAGGUAGCUGUACUUUAGUAUUUCCAUUUGAAUACUUUAUACUUCACUACAUUUUAGAUGGAAAGAUUGUACUUUUUACUCUACGCUAUAUUUAGGAUUUUACAUACGAAACAACAGUGUGUAAAAAAAGUACAUUUAUUUGACUAACUUCAACUGUGACAUGCUACUUAAACAUUAACGCAUUAGUUAUAAUAAUUCAGUAAUAUCAUACAUAGCAGUAUCCCCCACAGGGGCCAUUUUUCUGCAUUGAGUACUUUUACUUUUGAUACUUUAAGUACUUCUUGCUUAUCAAGUAACAGGACUUUUACUUGUAA